AUGGAAACGCGUGGUCGGAAGCGGGCGGAGGCCUCCUUGUCAGCGCCUUCUCAACCCCCGACAACCCGCGCCUCCAAGCGAUCCCGCACCGCCUUUGCUAACGCUGCCGCCGCCGCCUCCACAAUCAUCACCCGUUCCAGGCAGAGUGCCCUCUCCCAGGAAUCCUCUGCAUCGGUGGCAUCUGCUGGUCCUGCCAAAUCUACUGCCGGUGUUGCCGUCUCCAUGGACCCUACUGAAUCAUCUGCUGGGCGCAGGGAGUUCGAGGGCCGGCGACGAAGCUCUGGCAAGAACCGCCAGUCGGAACGAGACAGGGAAUCGAUGGAUAAAGGGAAGGAGAAGGAGCAGGAUGUUUCUAGGUCUAGGGAGAGGGACAGAGUUGCUGAGCGGAUCCUGGGUUUGAAUAUCGACAGUGGUGGGGGAGAAGGGGAUGAUGAUAGUGAUGGAGAGGGUGGCGUUGGGAUACUCCACCAGAACCUCACCUCGGCUAGCAGUGCCCUGCAGGGCCUACUGCGGAAGCUGGGCGCCGGCCUUGACGAUCUCCUGCCUUCUUCAGCCAUUUCAGGCUCCUCUUCCACACACCAGAGUGGGAGGCUCAAAAAGAUUUUAGCGGGUUUGAGGGCAGAGGGAGAGGAAGGCAGACAGGUAGAGGCGCUGACCCAGCUGUGUGAGAUGCUGUCCAUCGGAACGGAGGAUUCUCUGGGCUCGUUCUCCGUGGACACAUUUGUUCCGGUACUCGUUGGGUUGCUUAACCACGAAAGCAACCCUGAUAUCAUGCUGCUAGCUGCAAGGGCCAUUACACACCUUUGUGAUGUGCUCCCAUCAUCUUGUGCUGCCGUUGUGCAUUAUGGCGCUGUUCCUUGCUUAUGCGCCAGGCUGCUCACCAUCGAGUAUAUGGACUUGGCGGAACAGGUGCGCAUUUUUUUCCUCGUUACCCCCUUUUCUAUGCUUACACUCGGUAUGAACAUUUCAUGACUUCGGUUGUUCUCUAGUCGAUAAAUUCAAAUUAGACAACUUGAGAUGUCAUGAGUUUGUGCUUUCUCAGCAGGAUGUCUAAGUCUAAUAGUUGUCUUGUUAGAAGUGUCUUCAGGCUGCACAUUACCCAAAAUGCAUGAAUGGUUAUUGUGUUGUUUAUGUUAUUGAUUGCCCCCGCCCUUGAUCUCUCAGAAGCUUCUUGUUUGGUUAUAGACAUUAAUUUGUCGACUCUUGGGAUCUCUUGAGCUAUAUAAUGCAUUAUCUAUAUGUCUCACAUUACUGUUUGUUCUUUUUUUCUGGUCAUUUGUCUGGAAUUUUUUAAUGGGGAUGACUAGCGAUCAAUAGGCGUAAUGUUGUUAUCUUCAGCCUAACAUCGUAAAGACUUUUCUGUGGGUCUACAACAUUGUGCUUUAGUUAUUCUCUUCAUCUUUUAUUCGAACAAGAUUUAUUUUCAUCUAGUAAAUCAUAAUUUUUUCUCCAGUCUCUGCAAGCUCUAAAGAAGAUAUCUCAAGAGCACCCAACUGCUUGUUUACGUGCGGGGGCUCUUAUGGCAGUUCUAUCGUAUCUCGACUUCUUUUCCACGGGAGUUCAGGUAAUGCAAUUUUGUCUGGAUUUUGCUUAUUAAUCAUGGACGUCUUCUUUCGAAAAGUCUUGACUUGUCUCCGCACUUUUGAUUGUUACAGAGGGUGGCAUUAUCUACUGCUGCAAAUAUGUGUAAGAAGCUGCCAUAUGAUGCUGCUGACUUUGUGAUGGAAGCUGUCCCUUUGCUCACGAACCUUCUCUAUCAUCAUGAUUCUAAGGUGGAAUGACUUUCAUUGUCUUGUCUCAAAACUAUAAACUUUCACUUCUUUUUUUUUUUCCUUAUGAGGAUUGAUUGUGGUCUAAUUCACCUGAAAAUUUUCUCAGCUCCUUCUCUGUUUCUAAUCUCUCGUGUUUACAAGUUCAUACUUUUUCACAUGAUUUUGUUCCUCCUUUGAAUCUCCGGAUAUGGCAGGUACUUGAGCAUGCAUCGGUAUGCUUGACUCGCAUUGCAGAGGGCUUCGCUUCAUCUCCAGAAAAACUGGAUGAGCUAUGCAAUCAUGGGCUGGUUACACAAGCUGCCACUGUUAUAUCACCCAGCCAUUCUGGGGGUGGUCAGGCAUCUCUUAGCACACCCACUUACACGGUGAGAGAAGACAUUUUUUUUCUUUCUGCCUCUUGUUUUCUUGUUAUAUAAUCUGGCAAAAAUUACAGGGUUUAAUACGUCUGCUAUCAACUUGUGCGAGUGGAUCACCAUUGGGAGCGAAGACACUGCUUCUCCAUGGGAUUAGUGGCAUUCUGAAAGAUAUUCUUGCGGGAUAUGGUCUCUCUUCCAGCAUUUCUGUUUCACCCGCUUUAACGAGGCCCCCAGAGCAGGUAUUUGAUGGCUUUGCAAUAGUUUUUGGUCAGCGCAAAUUUUUGCUUCUCACCGCAGUUUUUUGCCAGUUCUCCAAUUUUUUGCUUCUCCGCAGUUUAUCCUCCUACAUUAGCUAACGUAUUCGAUCCUUAAUUGGGACUGAAAUUCUUUUAUAUGUCACAGAUCUUGUUUAAUGUUGUUGACAUAUCAUCAAUAACUUUGGAUAUCACAUAUUGGAAACAAUGAAUUUGGACGAAGAGAAAUUCACUUUUGAAUAAUGUGGAGAGCUUAAAGCUAAAUAGAGAAAAACAAGGACAUGGGUGGCGUGUUCUUGGGAAAUGGAAAGGAAUGAAUGGAGUGUUCAGGUGAAGAGGACAGGUGGAAAAAAAAAUUCGGUUGGGGUCAUCUUUAGAUUGUUAUGCUCGCUUGAUGUAUUAGAAGGCUAAAUAUCUUUCAUCUCCACUAUUUCAACUCUUCCCUAAAGAUCUAGGUACACACCUCUUUCGUUGCUCAUUGCUCUUACCCAUUUGUUGCAUUUAUUUUGAUCUCAUCCCCUUUGGUCUUCCUUUAUCACCAUGUCCGUAUUCACUCUCCUCUGUCAAUCUUCUUUCAUCAUUCAGGACUUUGUAGUUGGGCUUAUUACCAUCGGAUUCCCCCUACCAUUUGAGAAAAUAAGCUUAAUCCUCUUAUGCAGCAGCUUAUCGCAGAAUGACAGAAUAAUAGCCAUUAGACAGAGGUUGUGAAAACAAACUAUGCUCAUAUCUUUUUGUCUGUUCAGUAGGGCAGAAAAUAGAUCAAUAAUGCAAAGAACUGGUUGUCUGCCUAGAAUGUGACUGGUAUUUUGAAGUUUCGUGUAGUACCGAUCAAGUGAUCGAGAAGCUUCUUGAAUCGGACAUCGUGCAGAAGAAGUCUCAAAUUCAUAACAUUUGAUGCUCUGUCCAUUUCUUUUGUUCUCAGGGCUUCUCAAAAGAACUUUUUGCGGUCAUUAUUCAUUGGUGAACUUAAAGUGGUUUCCUAGGUUUCCAGAGCUUGGGCUCGAACUUAAUGCUGACCAGAGUGCUUGGGUGUAGCACCAUUGGUGCAAAACUGGCAAGAAUCAAUCUAAUGAUUAUAAAAUCGUUAAGCUGUUGCAUCAGUGUGCCGGAUUGGAAUCUUGGUGUAUGAUAUAUUGAUGGUUACAGUCCUAUAAAGUUCUACAUUGAAGUAUCUCGAUUUCAUAUGCAGGGGAUAGCAAAUGACAUAGCGUAGAGUGAUGUACAAAACUGUUGCAACAUUUUUAAAGAUUCAUGAUUGGAAAUCGAUUCCAGUUAUUACAGCUGCUAUUGAAUUUUUUUUUGGCCAUGACUGAUUUUUGUCUCCCACAAAGUGAAAAUUGUCUUCUCUAUAUCGUUAUGUAGUUAGAUAGUGAUGAUUCGUUUUGGGUUGUUUAUAAAAUGGCUUAUCGAAACACUUGUAUUAUUGUCUAUCAGUUUGUACUUAUAUGUGGUGCUGAAUUUAUGUUUAUUUUAGAUUUUUGAGAUCAUGAACCUUGCGGAUGAGCUACUUCCUCCAUUGCCUCAAGGAACGAUCUCUCUUCCCACUUCUAUCAAUGCAUUUGCGAAAGGUUCAACGAUUAAGAAAUCUUCAGCAGGCAGUUCAGCGAAGCAAGAUAGUUUUAGCGCUCCAACAAUUGAAAUCUCUGCUCGGGAGAAGCUGCUGCGAGAUCAACCAGAACUCUUGCAACAGUUUGGAGUGGAUUUGCUUCCUCUUCUGAUAAAGGCCUGUGAUCUGGGAGAUUCUGUCAUCGUACUUUAUUAAUUUCUCUGACGUUCAUUUUUUUUGGGUCUUCUUACAUUCAUUCCUGUUUUCCCUUUGUCUAACAGAUUUAUGGGUCCAGUGUAAAUGGUCCAGUACGCCAUAAGUGUCUUUCUGUCAUUGGAAAGUUGAUGUACUUCAGCAGUGCUGAAAUGAUCCAAUCUCUGCUUGGCGUCACAAAUAUAUCCAGGUACCAUAAAUUUGUUCUAGACAGUAAUUUUUUAGUUUGAUGCUCUAACAUUUGGUUUGGAAGUGUUGACAAGUUGUUUUAUUCAAAUUUUGUUUUUUCCAGUUUCUUAGCGGGUGUUUUAGCCUGGAAAGAUCCACAAGUAUUAAUACCUGCUCUUCAGAUAGCAGAAAUCCUCAUGGAUAAACUUCAAGAAACUUUCUCGAAGAUGUUUGUGAGAGAAGGCGUUGUGCAUGCUAUAGGCACACUCAUUUUACCUGAUUCUUCAAGCUCAGUUUAUGUACAGUCCACCUCCAAUGAGGACAGUGACGCUUUGCAUGGAGCUUCUUCCCAAGCUAGGCGUCACUGGCGAUGUGUAGAAGGCAGUCCUGUGGAAGAGUCAGCAAAUGGUGUUGGCUUAUCCCCUGGACAAGCAGAGGUCCCCAGUGUUAAUCCAAGCCUUCGUGCAGCUGUCAGUGCAAAGGCAAAGUCCUUCAAGGAUAAAUAUUUUUCUGCAAAUUCUGGUGUUGGGAUGACAGAUGAUCUUCUUCAUUUGAAAAAUCUUUGUGCCAGGUUAAAUGCCAGCAUAGAAGAAAUGAGAUCCAAGGAAAACGAAAAAUCCAAGGCCCGUGGAGCUUGUUCAUUAGACUCCCCUGAUGUGGAGGAAGAGUUAAACACCGUUCUGUUGGAGCUGCUAAAUGAACUGAGAAAAGUAGAUGGUGUCUCGACAUUUGAGUUUAUUGGGAGCGGAGUUGUUGAAGCUUUGCUGAAUUAUUUUUCUUGCGGGACCUUUUCAAAGGAAAAAAUGCCUGAGACUGACUUGUCCAGACUUCAUCAGCUAGCGCUCAAGAGGUUUAAGUCUUUCAUCGCCAUUGCUCUCCCUCCAGACCUCAACCAAGGUGGUGAGAUGCCCAUGACACCAUUGGUCCAGAAGCUUCAAAGUGCUCUAUCAUCUCUGGAACGUUUUCCAGUUGUUCUGAGUCAUUCAAGAUCCGCCAGUGGAAGUGCACGCCUCUCCUACGGACUUAGUGCCUUGUCUCAGCCUUUCAAGUUACGGCUCUGUAGGGCACCAGGCGAAAAGUCCCUCCGUGAUUAUUCUUCGAAUGUUGUGCUCAUUGACCCUUUGGCGAGUUUAGCAGCCAUUGAAGAAUUUCUUUGGCCAAGGAUACAGCGAGGUGAGUCUGGGCAGAAGUAUUCCACUGUUGGAAACUUUGAGCCUAGUGCUUUAGGCUCCGAAGCUGGCAUGUCAACUCCACCUUCAUCUACUCCUGCAUCAUCUGGCCCUUGCCACUCAACUAGAUCCAGGUCCUUGGCAGCAAUAGCGGCGAAGAAAGAGACUCAAGAGGCAAAUGCAAGCUCGUCAAAAGGAAAGGGUAAAGCUGUUUUGAAAUCUGCAUCAGAAGGGGCAAAAGGUCCUCGGACAAGGGGUUCUACACGUGAUAAAUUGGCUUCAGAUAAAGCUACACAAAGAAAGCCUCCCGAAUGUGAUUACAGUUCUGAGGUCUGAUUUAAAUUGCUCAUCAGCUGUUUUUCUUGAAAUAUUUGUCAUUUCAUUGACAUGUUUAAAUUUUUUUUUCUGUUAAGCUCCGUCCUUAUUAUUGAUUACUACUAGAAUCCAAAACUGCGAUAUUCAAAUUGUUUAUGCUUGUGCAUUUUGGAAAUAAUUUUACAAAUAAAUACUGUUGAGGUGCAAGGACGUGAUAGCUGGCGGUGAAUAGCUGAGGAUGGUGACCACAGCUGGUAAUAAUGGGUGGUGAUGAUGCUGGUAAUUGGUGACUUGUUGGCAUGCCGUCUGAUGAUGUUAAUGACUGACAAUCGAUGAUGAAUAUCGGUUGAUAUAAGAAACGAGUAAUUGUAGAGCGGAGUACUAGUGUUUAGUGUUGACCAGCACCAGUAGUCCUGGCAAGUGUAACUGGUGGUUGAUGGUGGGCAGUGCACAGGGGUAAUGUCAGUAGGUUGUUGGGGGAAAAAAAAAAGGAUAGCUAGCGGGAGAAAACGAACUGUCUACGCUUAAGAGAACCACUGGCACUUUAAAUUCUGUUGAGGUGCAUCUUGAGAUAUAUUUAUCUAAAUCUCUUAACUCAGUCAGCACAAUUGUAUAGUUAAGAAGAAUAGUUUAUUGGCUCAUUUUCUAAAGCAUAACAAUAUUCUCCUUUCAUGUGUGCUAGUGCUUACUAGUAUCUACCAUUUUACCGCUAAAGUGAUCUUUUGAUUUGUAGGAUGAGCUUGGCAUAUCUCCAGUCGAAAUUGAUGACAGUUUGGUUCUCGAUGAUGAUGACAUGUCAGAAGAUGACUAUGAUGAUGAUGAAGAGGUAGAGUACCCAGAAGAUGCCUGUCUCUAAGCUUGCUAUUUACCUAAAUCUCUAGUAAAUGGACAAUGAUGUAAUUGGUUCUUCCUGUGUAGCCCUUCCCCACUCAAUUUCCUCAAUGAUGGAUUGUCUCCAUUUUUUUAAAUUUGAUUAUUUUCCUCUUUUGUGUGAGAUUUUCAUGAAUACUGAAGACUAUCUUGGUUGGUCUUUGAAAUAAGAUAAGAACAUCGCUCUUAAUCUCCUGAUUUCGGAUUCUUCUGCAAUUCCAGGUGCUGAGGGAUGACUCCCUUCCAAAUUGCAUACCAGAGAAAGUUCAUGAUGUCAAGUUGGGUGAUGAUGCUGCUGAUGGUGCACUUAGUUCUGCUGCAAGUGAUAACCAAAAGCAACUCUCGUCUGGCUCCACUCAUAGAAACGCUUCAACUAAAGCUGUUGAUACAUCUGAAUUCAGGGCUGGUGGUUCUUUUAAUUCAAGAGGCGCUAUGUCAUUUGCUGCAGCCGCCAUAGCUGGACUAGUGUCCAGUGGUGGUAGAGGUGCCAGGGGUGGUAGAGAUCGUAGGGGGCUUUCCUCUAAUUCCAGUUCCAAUGAUCCUCCGAAAUUGAUAUUUUUAUCUGGCGGCAAACAGCUUAACAGACACUUGACUAUUUACCAGGCUAUUCAGCGCCAACUUGUGCUUGAGGAGGAUGAUGAUGAGAGAUCCAUGAACGUCGACUUUGCCACCAGUGAUGGUAGCAGGCUCUGGGGUGAUAUCUAUACCAUAACAUAUCAGAGAGGAGAUGGACAGAAUGAUCACUCUUCCCAAGGGGGGGCAACCUCCUCUUCUCUGCACAAGACUACCAGGCAUUUCUCUGCAUCCAAUUCCAGUUCAGAGUCUAGGUGGCAACACGCUUCUAUUCUGGACAGUAUCUUGCAAGGAGAUCUUCCAUGCGACCUGGAUAAGUCCAAUAGCACCUACAAUAUCUUAGCUUUAUUGCGAGUAUUGGAGGGGUUGAAUCAGCUAGCCCCUCGGCUGAGAGUUCUGGCCAUGACAGAUGCUUUUGCAGAGGGAAAGAUCUCAAAUUUUGAUGAACUCAGUGUAACUGGUCCGAAGGUGCGUUUGGAGGAAUUUAUCAGUAACAAAUUGUCCCCUAAACUGGCUCGACAGAUCCAAGAUGCGCUUGCACUGUGCAGUGGAAGUCUUCCAUCAUGGUGCUAUCAGCUCCCAAGAGCAUGUCCCUUCCUAUUUCCUUUUGAAACUAGGAGGGAUUUUUUCUAUUCAACAGCCUUUGGACUCUCUCGAGCACUCCAUCGACUUCAACAGCAACGGGGUGCUGAUGGCCAUAGCUCAAUCCAUGAAAGGGAGGUCAGGAUUGGCAGGUUGCAGCGACAGAAAGUCCGUGUCUCAAGAAAUCAUAUUUUAGACUCUGCAGUCAAGGUAAUGGAAAUGUAUUCCAGUCAGAAGACUGUUCUUGAAGUGGAAUAUUUUGGUGAGGUAGGAACAGGAUUAGGGCCAACUCUUGAGUUUUAUACUCUACUUAGUCAUGAUCUACAAAGGGCAAGGCUGGGAUUGUGGAGAUCAAGUUCAUCACCUGACAAAUCAGCUACACGAACACAUAGUCAGAAGGAGCAUGAUAAUGAUUUUUCAGCGCCAGGUAAAGCUGGUUCUAACAAGGCUGUCGAUCAUAGCGACCUUGUUGAUGCCCCUCUUGGUUUAUUUCCUCGCCCAUGGCCUCCCACUGCUGACAGUUCAGAUGGCAGCCCUUUUUCAAAAGUAAUUGAAUACUUCCGGCUUGUUGGCCGGGUAAUGGCAAAGGCCCUGCAAGAUGGUCGUCUUUUGGAUAUUCCGCUAUCAACAGGAUUUUAUAAGCUUGUUCUUGGUCAAGUAUGAAACUAUUUUAAUUUUAGUCUAAUUAAAUGGCCUUUUAUUUUCUUUUGCGACAAAAGAUAACACCACCUUGUCCUAUGCAGGAGUUAGAUUUGUUUGAUAUCUUCUCAUUUGAUCACGAGUUUGGUAAGACUUUGCAAGAGAUGCAAGCCCUCGUUCGUCGGAAACGGCAUUUGGAAGCAAUGACUGGAUACAAUCAGGAAGUGGCUGCUAAUUUAGACUUCCGAGGCGCCUCCAUUGAAGACUUAUGCCUCAAUUUCACGCUUCCUGGUUAUCCAGAAUACAUCCUCAAAGAAGGGGAAGAGAACACAGUGGUACUUUUUCUUCUCAGGCCACAGGUUCCCCAUCUCUUACAUAGACAUCGGUCUCAUUUUGUCCUGCUGUAUUUUUUAGGUUGAUAUUAACAAUUUGGAAGAGUACAUUUCCUUGUUGGUUGAUGCGACUGUCAAGACAGGGAUUUCACGCCAAAUGGAAGCAUUCAGAGCAGGAUUCAACCAAGUAAGUGUCUCCUGUUACUUUUUGGUGGAUGUAUCCUAGACUUUGUGACAUUCAUUUGCAUAUCAGUCGCGCUGUGCCAUAGAAGAGGGGCCGGCUUAUGCGUAGUCCUCUGGGUGGCAAGGGUCAUAGACCUCGGCGUGUUGACUUAUUGAAAUGUCAUCAUGUCUCUGCUCCGAGAGUACAGUAACAUUAGGAAUAUUUAAAUUAGCAAGGGUGCUUUUGUUUUAUGGGCGAUUGUCGCUCAAUCUCCUCGUUGUUGGGUUCGUUUCACGUUAUCCAUCUAUUAUCAAUUCUAAAACAGCACUUGGUUUCACCUUUUUUCGCUGUUUGAGUGGUGCAGUUGACGUAAAUAGUGAACCGCAUACUUUCCUUUGCUUAGGAUUCCCUUCAUGUGUAUCAUUUUUAUGGUUCUUCGUAAUUCAGAUGUGUGAUGUUCGUAUGUCAUGUAUAAACAAAUUGCUAUAUCUGUAGAUUGUACAGUUUAUGUAGCUAGCUUAAAUAUUGGUAGGAAAAAUUGGCUCUUUUGAAACAUAUCAGCCUAGUCAUUUAAGAAUUAUAUUCUUCCUUUGCUGAAGAAGCAUUUAUUUUUCGACCACUUUCGUUUUCUGAGGAUGCUGCCACGUUCUAUUGCCUAAAAUGCAUGUGGUUUUCAUUGGCUUCUGUUCCUGUGAUUUCUAAGAUGGGGCACCACAAUAUAGGAAUUUCUCUAGGCUAGCAGGAAUUUAACUACAAAGCUUUGUUCUGCAUUUGCCAUUAUUUCCUAACCCGGGGGAAGCAUUAGGUUUAGGCAAGUGACGAACACGGAUCAUACGCUGAGUUUGUAAUUAUAUAUCAUCAGAUAUAUUUAAGGCAUUAAGAUUCUCUGCUUCUCUGAAACAAUGUUGGUUCAGGUAUUCGACAUAGCAUCUCUGCAAAUCUUCUCUCCUGACGAACUUGAUUAUCUGCUCUGCGGCCACAGGGGCUUGUGGGAGGUGAUACAUUCUUCACUCCUUUCUCUUGGCACCCCUUUCUGAGUUCACAGAAUAACAGAGUUGAUCACAUUGUCGCAUCUUGCAGGCGGAGACCCUUCUUGAUCACAUACCAUGGGUACACAGCCAAGAGCCCGCCCAUUUUAAAUGUAACUUUCUCUCCUUCUUUGAUUCAUAUUUCAUGUGAUAUCCCUGUAUUUUUGAAUUUAUGACUCCAUUUACAAUGGGUGACAGCUCCUUGAGAUCAUGGGAGAGUUCAGCCCCGCGCAGCAGCGCGCUUUCUGCCAAUUUGUGACUGGCGCCCCAAGGCUUCCUCCUGGCGGCCUUGCUGUGCUGAACCCGAAGCUGACCAUAGUGAGAAAGGUAGGUGACGGUCAUUUACUUUGGGUGUCCAUCGGUCCGGACUGAAGAUACACAUCAUCCAGUGCUUGCUUGGUUUCUCUGCCCGCAGCAUCCUUCCACCGGAGGUGCCGCUGCAGCAUCAGUGGGGGCGAAUGCCUCAGAGUCGGCCGAUGAUGAUUUGCCCAGCGUGAUGACUUGUGCCAAUUAUCUCAAGCUGCCUCCUUAUUCCUCCAAGGUGUGCCUUUAAUUAUGAGGCACCCUCGGGUCGCCAAUCUUUUACCCAGUUCCUCAAGAUUCUGAACUUCUUGCUCUCCUGCAGGAAAUCAUGCUCAAUAAGCUGCUUUACGCAAUUAAUGAAGGGCAGGGAUCGUUCGAUCUGUCGUGA